UACAGCAAAUAGUUUAUAAUAUACUGUAGGUGCGGGGUAAUAUGUAGUCUGUGUCAUGUUGUAAUAAUCGCAACCAUGCAACGCCAUAAUAUUGGAGCAAGGGGGAUGGUGAUCCCAAAGUACCAAUCGUAAUGAACACGGGGUACGUAUACUCUCUACAAAGAACACCAGAGUCCACUGUAGCUAACGACCACGACAAUGUUCGACGGGAAGCCUAUUCCAUGCAAUGUGACACAUACUCGUAGUUAUCCUGCUCGGGUAGUUCUAUAAAUACUUAUUCUUGGUGACACCGGCUGUGAGUGACAGCUGACACUGUGGCGUCCUGUUGUCACGGCAACACAACACGACGGAAGUGAUUACCACUAUAUACAUCAGAGUAUGGAAACAAACGAGCAGUCUGCCGACAGCAGUCCACUACGACCACAAGGAGAUUCGAGAUGUGCAGUACAUUCACAGAAAACAGUUAGUUUUGUGUGUUAUGACUGUAAUGACUUAAUUUGUGGAAAGUGUGUGACGUCACUUCACAGUGGCCAUAUCAUGGAGGAGUUGUCGGAUGCUAUGCCCAGCAUUAAAAGUAAACUUGAACUUUCUAUCACCUCCAUGGAGAGUGAACAGCUCCCAAAUGUACAACGCUCUAUCGACCUGACGGAGGAGAAGCUGAUAGACAACAAAACACGUAUCAAAGAGGUCGUCUGUCAGAUGAAAUCUCAGGGGAACAAGUGCAAAGACGAAAUAGACGAUAUGAUCGACGAGUACGUCUCUGUAUGUGACAAGUUAGGAAAGGAAAACACGGAUCUGUUGAUGAGGUACAAGACGGAACACCAGGCGCGAUUGCGAGACUUGACGGAACAGAUCAAAAAUCGACAUCAGAUCAUGCAAACCGGGUGUAGCAUCACCAUGUUUGAUGCUCUGUAUAAAAGGCCUAGCUACGAAACGGCCAAAUGGCCUUCUCUACAUACAGCAAGAUUUAGUCCUUGCAAGGUUGUCACGGACCUCCUGAAACAAGCCCUGGGUCAAUUAGACACCUCGUUUGACAUUCAGCAAUCAUCAACAAACCACUGCCGUCCUAACUUGCACCAAGAACGCCAGGUAUCUAACGACAUCCACGAAAGACUAACGCAUAAACCGUCACCACCCGCUGACAGAAAAAACACGCUUGAGUCCACAGAUUGGGUAGUUCUACAUCAGGAUCCGUCCAACGAUAAUACCUCAUCCACGCGGCCGAAAUCACAACGAUCUGGUGUACUUAGAUCCGGCCACCAUCCACCACGACCAGCAUCCGAGAGAGUGAGGGGGAAGUCGUCAGGUCCCCCCAACAGACCCCAUCAACGUCCACAGCCACGAACCGUUAUAUUUAAAAGGAGGAACUCUCUAGAAGCUCCUUCGUCCAUCCAUCGGUUUCUUUCCGCUCGUCCAUCUACGUCUUCCGAUAUCCGCCCAAUGAUUACUGUCAGAUCUUCAACACAAAGACCAGAGACGCACGUGUCUGUGUCUGUAUCUAGGCGACAUGACCGCCGAUCGAUGAGUUUGCCCUCAGAACAAUCACCUGAGCCUCCGUCCGGCAAUCCUCCUUCUCCCUCACUUCUGCAGGCCAUCCUGUCUUCAUCACGUGAUCCCAAACCCAACGGCUCUUUCUCACAGGAACCUAAAGAGCAGUGUAUUGAAGUAUCUUCACAGGACAUCGAACCACAAAUCAACCAUGUAUCUUCACACAGCGAUGAAAUACAGAUCACCAAAGUGCAAUCACUGUUUCCUGACCAACCGAUUCCUGCCUCUGAUCAUGAACACGAAUCCGCCAAGGUAACGCCACCAAAGCCGGAACGUACGCGUAAGGCUUUAUCAAAAAGACCAGUCCACCAACCUGUCAUUUUGUCGCAAUUCCCAUCGCCCUCCGCAAUCACGUCCAUUUGUCUGACUUCUGAAGGUCACGCGUGGACAUGUGACGAGGAGUCGCGCGUUCUUACACUGGUUGGCAAUGCGGGUGAUGUCAUCAAGACAGUGACGUGUAAGGCUAAUGUGAAUGAUAUCAGCAUGUCGCCAAAAACACAGCACCUGUGGUACUGCACGUGGAAAUGCCGCGUUGUAGAGUUGGAUCCUGAUACAGACACGCGCAUGCAUCGCUUCACUACAGAAUCUUGGCCGCGUUGUAUCUGUGUAACGGACAGAGAGCAAAUUUUGGUGGGGGCGGAAAACAAAAUAACGUUAUAUAACACUGAUGGUCAAGUGGUAAUGGCGACUGACACCGAGGCAUCAGGAGUUAUUCGUCCAACACGUCUCACACAGUGUCCACUAACUGGAAAUAUUGCCUUCCUGGAAAAGACCGCGGCACAUAGCGAUGGUCAAAACAACGGCCAUGUAGUUGUACUUGACAACGCCCUAUCAGUGAAAUUCCGCUAUACGGGAGAAUGUGAAACAUUGAAAACAGAAGAGUCGGCUUUCUUUGAUCCAUUUGACGUUAAAUAUGACGACAAAGGUUAUCUGUUGAUAGGAGAUUUUACCAGCAACACCCUCGAUCUAAUCACUGGCGAAGGAAACCACAUCCGGACGAUACUCACAGACACCGGAAGUUCCCAGGCAAUCGGGAUACACACCGAUGACGUCAUGUGGGCCGCGUUUGAAAAUGAUAAUGGUGUGUCCCACGUGAAAAUCCUUAAAUAUUAAACCAAUUAUCUAUUGGUUUGGUGAACUAGUCUUACCUCUACUGAUCUUCACUACUGGAGUGGAAGGCAACCUGUAAAUUGAAUAAAUAUGGCUUCAUAUGUUAAUAAAAUAUAAUGACUGAA